ACUGCGGAAGCAACAUGAGGUCCAAAGGUAACGAAGUAGAAAGCCCACCCAAUGGUGUUCUCGUCCCUCAUGCUAUCCAUGAGAUUAGUAAAGAGGAGGAGGGUGAUGUAAAACUGCAGGUCAAUAAGAAGAUCAUCAAGGACAAAGUUCAUCUAAAGGAUGAAGAGAAUCUGAUGACAGAAACUGAGAAUACAUCCACAGGAAGCAUCAGGUUGAAAGAUCUGUCCAAAGAUGAUCUUUUGAAGUUACUGGGAAUCAUGGAGGGGGAGGUCCAGGCGCGUGAGAAUGUGAUCCAGGUGCUUAAAUCCGGCCUCAGUCGCCCAGAGUUGCUUGAGUCUCGGUACGGUUCAGCUCUUCCUACCAAACCUCUGAAGGCCUUGCAGAGAGAUGCACUGCUUAUCAAGCACAACACACACCAAGAUGAUGUGUAUGAAAAGCCAAUGGCAGAGUUGGACAGGCUUCAGGAUAAGCACAAGGAAACAUAUCGGCGAAUGCUGGAGCAGCUGCUACUGGCUGAGAAAUGCCAUCGCCGCGUGGUUCAUGAGCUGGACGUGGAGAAACGUAAACAUGUUGACUACAUGAACAAGAGUGAUGACUUCACCAACUUGCUGGAACAAGAAAGAGAAAGAUUAAAGCUGUUGUUAAAACAAGAAAAAUCCUACCAAACCCGAAAGGACAAUGAACACUUCAAGAGGCUAGAGAAAGUUCGUGGAGAGCUGGUCAAGCUAAAAUCAUUUGCACUGAUGCUGGUUGAUGAACAACAACUUCACCUGGACCAGAUUGACCAGCAGAGCCAGAAGAUUCAAGAACUUCUUCAGAGACUUGAGGAGAAAGACCAGACACUGAGUGAAGUUGAUGGCAAGGCAAAAGAAGACAAACAGAAGCUUUUGCAUCUUGAAGGUGAUCUAAAAGUCCGGUCUUUAAAGUUUGCCCAGCAGUAUGAUGAAAUGGCAGCUAAACUGGCCAGCCAAGAGUCUCAGAAUAGACAGAUGUGCCAGACAGAAAUAGCUCUGUUACAAAAAACUAAGGAACUUGAAGAGACCAAUGCAGUUCUGCAAAAAUCAGCAGAGGAGCUGCAGGAACUUCGGGACAAAAUCAGCAAGGGUCAGUGUGGUAACUCAAACUUAAUGGCGGAGCUGGAGAACUUACAUAAAAAAGUCUUGGAGAUGGAGGGCAAGGAUGAGGAGAUAAGCAAAACUGAGAAGCAAUGCAAUGAGCUGAAAAAUAAUCUUCAGACUGAGGAGAAACAUAACAAGGACUUGAAGUUGGAAGUGGAACAGCUGCAAAAGCGGAUCACAGAGCUAGAGAAGCUUGAGGAAGCCUUUAAUAUAGGGAGGACUGAGUGUUCCCAGCUGCAAUGUGCCCUGGACAAAGAGAAAAACCUAACAAAGGAGAUAGCAGAUGAGCUAGUGGCGGUUAAGAUUCGCAUGAAAGAGGUGGAAACAUCUGAGCUGAAACUGGGGAAAGCGGAAUUGGUCCUAAAAGAAGAGGUCAUGAAGCUCAAGUCUGUCACUGCAAUAAUGGUUAAUGAGCGCAAAAACCUGGCAGAAAGAAUAAGGUCAGAGGAGAAGAAAAGAGAAGAAGUCGAGAAACUGUUUAAAGCAGAACAAGAGAAGGUGAUGGAGGUUACUGAGAGGUUGAUAGAGGAGAGUAAACGACUCUUAAAAUUUAAAUCUGAGAUGGAGGCAAAAGUAAGUACUUUGGUAAAAGAGAAAGAGGAGCUGAAGGUUAAGCUUACCACAGAGGAAGAGAAAUGUAAAGAUUUGAAUUCUAAGAUUAGUUUGAUCAAACAAACGAAUGAUGCUGUGAAGGAUGAAGGAAAGGAAUCUCCCAACAAAGUGUUAAACUUAGAAGUGACCAGGCUUUCCAACUGCAGUAUCAAAGAUCAAAAUAAAAUAUCAGAACUGACCAUGGAAAUCGAACGAUUAAGGAAUCGUCUCAAGCAGCUUGAAGUGGUCGAGGGAGAUCUGCUUAAGACAGAGGAUGAAUACGAUAUGUUGGAGAAAAGGUUUAAGAAUGAACAAGAGAAGGCUAAAUCCCUCUCACAGCAGGUAGAGGAAAUGAGGAGUGAAAUUGCUCUAAACAUGGUCAAAGAAAAAGAGGCAUUUAGUAAAGAAGCUGAGCUAUGGCGGAGGUGCAGGUUAGAAGAAACCAAGAACAAAGACUUGCAGGCAGAUGUUCAAGCUCUAAAAGAGAAGAUCCAUGAGCUCAUGAACAAGGAGGACCAGCUCUCGCAGCUGCAGGUGAACUACUCUGUACUACAACAAAAGUUCCAUGAAGAGGAGGACCAGAAAAAGAACAUGAGUAAUGAAGUUAUUAAUCUUACCAAAGAACUUGAGAUCACCAAGCGCUACAGCCGGGCACUAAGGCCAAGUAACAAUGGAAGAAGAAUUAUGGAUGUUCCAAUGAUGUCUACAGGAGUGCAGACAGAUACCGGUGCAACUGAGACCAGUGAUGAUGACACUCCUGCUGUAUUCAUUAAGAAGUCAGUCCAAGAAGAGAACCAAAUUAUGAGCACCCUUCGACAGAGAAGCCUCAAGAAGCCUUCUGCAAGACCAACAGUCAGGGAACUUUAUCCUCCCCCACCUAGUGACCUUGCACUAAAGAAAUCCUGUAUUCCUUGGAUAAAGAAGAAAGACAGCCAUACCCAGAGUUCUUUAGAAAAAUCUGUGUCUAUAAAUGGGGAUACUACACAUUCGGAAAUUAAAAUAACCCCAAAGCAGGGCCAACCGUUUCACAUUCGAGUGACUCCUGACCACCAGAACAGCAAGACAACCCUACAGAUCAGCAGCACUUCCUUAGAGAUUUUUAACAGUACCAUACCAACACCCUCCCAAGGGCUACAAAAGCCACAAAUUACAAUCAUUCCAACCACUGUAGUUUCUCCAAAAGAGAAAAGCAAAGAUCCAAAAGGUCCAGAAAGAGCAAAGUCUCCAAUAACCAUCACAGCUAUCUCAAGAGCUAGGUCUCCAGAAAGCAUUAAGUCCCCAUCUAUCGAGAGACCAACGUCACCUGUAACCCUGUCAGUCAACACCUCUUUCAUGGCAGACAUGUCCGGCUCCCCAGAAUCACAGGAAAUGAUCACAGGCCGGGCUGUAUUCAAACUGACUCCUGAAAAACGAAUGGUCCCAACACCGAUUAAAAAGUGUAACUCGAACGCUAAUCUCAUUACCACAGAGGACAACAAGAUUCACAUUCAUUUAGGUCAACAAUUCAAAAAGAGCUGUGAAAACAGCAGCUCUGUUGUUAUGGUCAAGCCUGCUGCUGCAGCAACUGAAAGCAAGGAACUUUCAACAGGAACUGUAUUACGCUCCCCGCACCAUGGUACCAUCAAUAAAGCAGUAUCAAGCAAAGUAACAAGCAGCCUUACUAUCACACAGGUUGCCACAGCACCACCAAGACCAACACUUUAUGUGCAACCUGUUCUGGAUCCCCAAACACCUCGAUCUGGACUCACUCGCAUUCCUAUGUCUCGAGGCAUGAAAACUGGGAAGGCUGUACUGGGGUCACUUGGAACUGCCAAUGGUGUGAGGUUGGAAUCAAAACCAGAAAGCCAGUCUAUGCGGAUUGAACUGAAGAAACCAUCUGUCAGCAGUGCAACCCUGCACAAUGGCGGAAAAAACUGAAAGAACGCAGAAAGAUCUGAGCCAAGAUAAUAGAUCCACAAGAAACAGUUUGGGGUUUUUAUAUAGAUUUGCUUUGAUGUAAUGUGUCGUAAUGGCGUAAUGGUAAAAGCCAUGCUGCUGGUAAGAGCAGUGCCUGAG